CUCUCCGGUGUGACAGUAGCUAGCCCUGGCUUCCCGGGCUAGCCGCACGGGUGAGGGCAGGUGUGGUUCUGGUUCAAGCUCCUUCACACUCCUCCCCCUCACCCCGCGGCUCAGUUUAGCCAAGUUUUCAUCUUCCACCGUCUCCACUUUCAACCGUCUAAGCCCACCACUCUCUGGUCGAGAGAAGGCUGCCCACUUCGGGUCUUACCAGCUCUGACUGCUGGAAACCCCGAGAGGUGUUCUUUUUUUGAAGUCCUGUUUCGCGGGAGGGGGUGUGGCGGAGAACGAUGAGAAAGUCCGUUCUUCUGCUCUGCCUUUGGAGCGUCUAUUGUUGCUUUGCCGCGGGAGGCCCCGCACCCCUUGGUCCAGAGGGCGGGCUGCAAGAUGAACUCCACAAAUCUGGGGAUGUACAGGCUGCUGCCAAACCAUCUGUGAAGUUUAACCUCGUCACCUCUGAGGACCCGGAGCACGAAGGAUGCUACCUUUCUGUUGGCCAUGACCAGCCCCUGGAAGACUGUGGCUUCAACAUGACAGCCAAAACCUUUUUCAUCAUUCACGGCUGGACGUUGAGCGGCAUGUUGGAAAACUGGCUGUACAAACUCGUGUCAGCCCUGCAGACAAGAGAGAAAGAAGCCAAUGUCGUGGUAGUUGACUGGCUCCCCCUGGCUCACCAGCUUUACAUAGAUGCGGUCAAUAAUACUAGGGUGGUGGGACACAGCAUCGCAAGGAUGCUCGACUGGCUGCAGGGGAAGGAUGAUUUUUCUCUCGGGAAUGUUCACUUGAUCGGCUACAGCCUGGGAGCUCAUGUGGCUGGAUAUGCUGGCAACUUCGUGAAAGGCACAGUGGGCAGAAUCACAGGUUUGGAUCCUGCUGGGCCCAUGUUUGAAGGGGUGGACAUCCACAAGAGGCUGUCCCCUGAUGAUGCAGACUUUGUGGAUGUCCUCCACACCUACACACGUUCCUUUGGCUUGAGCAUCGGGAUCCAGAUGCCUGUGGGCCACAUCGACAUCUACCCCAACGGGGGUGACUUCCAGCCGGGCUGUGGACUCAAUGAUAUCUUGGGGUCAAUUGCAUAUGGAACAAUCGCAGAAGUGAUGCAGUGUGAGCAUGAGCGGGCAGUACACCUCUUUGUCGACUCCCUGGUGAAUCAGGACAAGCCGAGCUUUGCAUUCCAGUGCACCGACUCCAACCGCUUCAAAAAGGGAAUCUGUCUCAGCUGCCGGAAGAACCGUUGUAAUAGCAUUGGCUACAACGCCAAGCAAAUGAGGAACAAGAGGAACAGCAAAAUGUACCUGAAAACCCGGGCGGGCAUGCCUUUCAGAGUUUACCAUUAUCAGAUGAAAAUCCAUGUCUUCAGCUACAAGAAUGUGGGAGAAAUCGAGCCCACGUUUUAUGUCACCCUUUAUGGCACCAAUGCAGACUCCCAGAUUCUGCCUUUGGAAAUAGUGGAGCAGAUCGGGCUGAAUGCCACCAACUCCUUCCUGGUCUACACCGAGGAGGACUUGGGAGACCUCUUGAAGAUCAAACUCACCUGGGAGGGGACAUCUCAGUCCUGGUACAGCCUGUGGAAGGAGCUUCGCAGCUAUCUGUCUCGAUCCCGAAAAUCGGAGCGGGAGCUGAAUAUCAGGCGCAUCCGGGUCAAGUCUGGGGAAACCCAGCGGAAAUCGACUUUUUGUGCAGAAGACCUUGAGAACACCAGCAUAUCUCCUGGCCAAGAGCUCUGGUUUCAUAAGUGUCGGGAUGGCUGGAGAAUGAAAAACGAAACCAGCCCAACUAUGGAGAGUCCCUGAGGGUGCCAGCAAGGCCCCCCGCCCCUGCCUUCUAAGCAUGUGGAGGAAAGUUACUGCUGAGGACCCGCCUGACGGAAGGACCCCUCUCGGCCUUGACCCUGGAGCACCGGGAAGAGCCUGCUUGCUGGGCUCAGGACCUUGCCUCCCAUGACGGCUGGGACUUCUCUUUGGAGAGGACCAUGCACUGCUGUUUCUGCUGUUCUGCUGCUGCUCUAGAAUAGCUCUAACUCCAGAUCUGUGUGCAGAUGGCUAAAUGCCCGGGCCCCUUGUGCACACCAGGCUGGUUUCUAAGUGGCCAGAUGAGCCCAUACUUUGCCUGACAAGGAACACUCACUCUGAAGUGGCUGUGUGGAGGGCUGUCAGCUGCUUGACCUGACUUGAGCCAUAGUGAGAGGUCUUUCUGCUGGGACCUGAUUCAUGUCAGGAUGGCAAGCCUGUGACCUGGUUCACCCAGAGAGGGGAGAGUAGAUCUGGGCUGGUGCUGAUGCCCUCGCUGUUGGGGUUCGAUGGGCUGCAUUGAUCAAUACUGGGUACAUUUUAGACAUUCUGUCCUGCUCCCCAACUCACUCUCUAAAGCACUCAUCAUUGGCUUUCUUAUUUUUCCGUUGCUCAUUUUCUGAUUGGACAAAUGUUUAUUAAGCACUUAAAUUUAACUAGCACGUGGCAGUAGACACAUUAGUAAACCUCUCCAGACUGUCUCCUCCUCAUCUGGGACCUAAUGGUUUUGGAAUUUCUAGACCCCCUUCCAGUUUAGAUAAUUCAUGGAUAUACACGUGAUGAAGGGCACAAAGGGCAUUGGGAGGGCUACAGGAUGUAAAAGUUGGGGACCCUGAGGCUUUAAGUGGUUUCUGCCUAUUUCUUCUUAGUUAACGUGUGUGUUCCCCCUAAGAGUGACACAUUUGAUCAGUAGCAGAGAAGCGAGCAGCGUAUCAUACGUGCUGGGGACAGAAUGGCGGCCAAUUGCCAAAUAUGCUUGCUUCGGAGCACAAUCUCUUCUGUUUAGGAAGAUGGAAGGUAUUACAUAUGUUAUACAUAUCUGUUUAUACAGAACCAGCACCUGUCAAACAGAGCUGGUGCUAAGAUUUAAAACAAGGCUUUUUCCUCCUUGGAAUAUCUUGUUCUAAUACCAGUGCCUUUUCUGGGUUAAACUUCUUGGAAAAGCCUCCAAUUCAAGACCUUGAUUUGAAUUAAUAGAUAUGAAAUCUGAGAAACCCUUUUAUACUUUUCAAAAGAUUUGCAUGUGCAUCACCUAAUUAGGGACUCAACAGGAGGUGAGUCGGGCAGCUAUUAUCAUCUCCAUUUUACAAAACCAAGGCUCAGUGAGGUUCAGCCACAUGCCUAGAGUUAUAUACCAAGUUGGUUGCGGAGCCAGGCUGAGGACCCAGAUUUCCUGGAGGCAAAGUUCUUAGUAUGCUCAUCUCUACAACUUCAUCAAGACCUCUACAGCCAUUUGCCAUCAAUAUGUCCCACACGUGACAAAGAAGGACUUUUUUUCAGAGCCAUCUGUAAAACUCUAAGCCCUUUUAUUAACAUAUAACCAGGAGAACAACUGUGCCAAGGGGUUGGGUUUUUUAUGGAUGAGAUUUAUCUGGAAGGAGAUGUGAUGUCAGGUGGGGGGAAGAGCGCUUUUCUUUGUACUUAGGUUUUUAAAGGACAUUGUCUUAAUCUGUAUUAUGCCAAAGUUGUAUCAUUGUUCAAUGCCAAACUUCUCAAGACAUAACCAGUCAACUCUUAAUUCAAGGUAUUUUCUCAAUCCAAUUGUGGCUUCUUCUCUUGCUUCUGUGAUUGCUUUCUAGCCAAAGUGAAGCUUGUAUUAUUGACUGUGCAUUCUGAUUACUUCUAACUUCUGUUUUCAGUCAUAGAAGCCUUGGGAAUCAAAUCUUCGGUGGGUCCUGUAU